AUGUCCGCGUUACUUCCCCACGCUCAGAUAUUCGGAACCUACGAUGUGUCAAGCCCCCGCGCUAGCAAAUGGCGAUGCUGUUUGGUCCACGGGUUUUCACUCUCCGUGGAGAAACGGUGGAGAGCCGAAUGGUCAUCGGCGGUGCACAUCUUGUUCUUUCGUACACCGAGGUCACUACGCCUGGGAAGCCAUAUUAUUGAUCGGGUUGACGGGGAUCGAGAGGAGACUAGUCGUAGGCUAUUACUCGCUGAUAUCCGUGUUAUAAGAGGAAUGAGGAAUAUCGACCUACCUACCAGCUCAGAAACACAGAACGUUCCGGUGAAUAAGAUUGCUUGGACCCAAAUCAACCCUGCUAUGAUUGGACGUGGGACCCUGUGGAGCAUAAACGGUUCACUUGAGCCUUUAGGGAACUUGCAACGACUGUGUACUGGUCACCGAUGGAAGUCAGGUUACAGUAUCCUGAUGUCGGCGCUCUUCAGCGACAUCGUAUCCUUCCCCGGCUCAUACCAGUCCCUCCGACGGCCUAUUCAUAUCUACGACGAUUUCAACACUCAACACUCAACACCAUCAGCUGACGAUCUCGUUGAGUGCUUGGGUUUCCGCUGCCCGUAA